AAUGCCUGCCUAUCUGAGAAGGAGGAUUGUAGUUUGAGGCUGCAGAAUGGGAAAGAGUGAAGAGACUUAUGCAUCUAGAAAUAGUGGUUCAGUUUCAGUUGGCUGGACCUUAUUUCUGCUGUAAAGUUAAUCCAACGAUUUACAGCCCAAGUCUCACUGUAGCAAAUCUUAGGAAGAUGGGAUGCAGCUCAUCAGCAUACCAGCCCAAGUGUAUUUAUCUGGAUAUUAAUGGAAGAAUUCAAAAGGUGACUUUCAGCAAGUAUUGUAACUCUACAGAUAUUAUGGAGCUCCUCUGCAUUGCCACAGGAUUACCAAGGAAUACAACCAUUUCACUCUUCACAGCCGAUGACUGCAUGAUAUCCAUUGAUCCCACUAUGCCAUCCAACUCAGAAAGGACUCCUUACAAAGUAAUACCUGUGGCUGCUGGACAACAAACAGAGAAAGAACAAUUGUUUCAGAAUUUGCUGGAGCAAGUGGUUGAACAACUUUCAAGGGUAUUUAAAAUUGAUGAACUGAAAACUGAAGUAUUUAAUCAACUGGCAAUGCUGGAGAAGAGAAUGGAACUGGAAGGACUGAAAAUAGUGGAAAUUGAAAAGUGUAAGAGUGACAUAAAAAAGAUGAGGGACGAAAUGGCUGCAAGGAAUACCAGGACCAACUGCCCUUGUAAAUACAGUUUCCUGGAUGAAAACAAAAAGCUGAUACCCCGAAGGGAUGUCCCCUCCUAUCCUAAGUACAUGCUUUCUCAGGAGACAAUAGGAGCUCUUAGAAAACCAACGUUUGAUGUCUGGUUGUGGGAACCCAAUGAGAUGCUGAGUUGUUUAGAACAUAUGUAUCUUGAUUUAGAAUUGGUGAAAGACUUUAACAUCAACCCUAUCACAUUGAAACGGUGGCUGCUAUGUAUUCAUGACAAUUACAGAAACAAUCCAUUCCAUAAUUUUCGACAUUGCUUCUGUGUUACCCAGAUGAUGUACAGCAUGAUCUCACUCUGCAACCUCCAGGCAAAGAUUUCUCAAAUGGACAUCUUAAUGCUAAUGACAGCAUCAGUGUGUCAUGAUCUGGAUCACCCAGGAUAUAAUAACACGUACCAGAUCAAUGCACGGACAGAGCUAGCUGUGCGCUACAAUGAUAUUUCCCCACUAGAGAAUCAUCACUGUGCGGUGGCUUUCCAGAUCCUUGCACAGCCAGAAUGCAACAUUUUCUCCAGUCUUGAUAAGGAACAAUUCAAACGGAUCAGACAGGGGAUAAUUACAUUAAUCCUAGCAACAGACAUGGCACAGCAUGCUGAAAUACUGGAUUCUUUCAAAGAAAUCUUAGAUGAGUUUGACUAUUCAAAUGAGGAACAUGUAACUCAGCUGAAGAUGAUACUGAUCAAAUGCUGUGAUAUCUCCAAUGAAGUUCGCCCAAUGGAAAUAGCAGAACCAUGGGUGGACUGCUUAUUGGAAGAAUAUUUCAUGCAGAGUGACCGGGAAAAGACUGAAGGUCUUCCAGUGGCGCCUUUUAUGGACCGAGACAAAGUGACCAAACCAACAGCACAGAUUGGCUUCCUCAAAUUUGUUCUUAUUCCAAUGUUUGAAACUGUAACAAGGCUUUUCCCAGAAGUUGAAGAAGUAAUGCUCCAGCCACUUUGGGAAUCCAGAGAUCGCUAUGAGGAGCUGAAACAAAUAGAUGAUGCUAUGAAAGAGUUUCAGAAGAAGAAGAACGAAAGUUUGACAUGUGAAACCAGAAAGAAGUGAAAAGCAAAGCACAAAGAAAGCAUUACAGUUGAUAAAAAAAGAUCCCUUAGAAGUAUGGCAAGUUCAUUGAAGCAUUGUGGGAUUAUCCAGCACAGAUGAAGGAUGAAGCUGAAUAAUUAACACUACUCAAGCACUUUUCACAUUCCUUUUCUAAAAACUAGUAUUUUUCCUAAUGGGUACAAAUGUUAAAGAGCCAUCAUUGUUGCAUACGAUUUUUUUUUUUUUAAUUUUUAAAGUGGUCUUUUAAAUAAUAUAUUCUUAUAUCAAAACAAAACAAGCAAAUGGUUGUUGUAAGUAUUCCCUUUUGUAUAUUUUAUAUGUGGUUAUUUUUAAUGCUUUGGGUGAUUUUUUGAAAACAUUGGGGAGGGGGGAGGGGAAUGAUGAAUUUGUAUGAAGAGUCAUUUCAGAAAUAGUUACAGUAUAUGAAUGGGAACCAGAUUCUGCCCCACUUUCUGCCUUCUGUCACUUUUCUCACAUGUUUGACAAAACAUCAAUUUCAGGCUAGCUAAGAAAACAGUUUUCUGCUUUACUGGUCAGCAGCUGUUUGUAAUCAAACAGCUUGAGAGAACUGAAGCCCGGGGCUACCCCUCAUUGCUUGUUCCUCAUUCCAUUUUCACAAAGGCUGCUUCUUUACACUCAUUUUUAUAACUGAAAUGUUCCCUCUGAAAACAGAGAGUGUGUCAGAGGAAAUUAAAUGUGCAGUUUGCUAUUUUCCCAGAAAGGCUUGUAGCCUCCAGAAAGACUCCAAAACUUCUUGCCAAACUAUCAUUUUUAAUGUGACUCCCAAAAUAUAAAAUUAUUAAUUCUGUGGCUGUAACCCUAUUAAUAAUUUAAUUAGUUUAAACUGCAUGGCACAUUAAUUUCAACUACAUUUUAAAUCCAAUCUAGUUUUUAUUGUAGUCUUGACCACUUUUUGGAAUUGGACUCUUGGCAAACCAUUGUAAGAUGUGUCCUUAAAUACUGAAACAAUUAAGAUGCUGUUGAUGUCUGGGGCAUUAUUGACAUGGGUUCAGCAAUCCCAUGUAGCCAGGACUUUGGGGCAGAGGUCCAGAAGUCUAACCAGCAGAUGAACAGAAUCACCUUGUCAUGCAACAGUUCUGAUUUACAGUUCUGACUUACUCCACUUUAAAGUAAAAUAUUACAAAUUACCAAUUCAACUGUUUUCUCAACAUUUCCUCUAUAGCAGCAGUUGGACAAAACCUAAUUGGCUUAGCUAGUGAAAUUAUUCAAAACACUGUAUCAUGGAGAUCAAUUCCAGAUCAGAUACAAAUAUUGGAUAUGGAAGGAGUCCAGUGGUGGGAUUCAGCCGGUUCGCACCGGUUUGGUAGAACCAGUAGCUAAAUGUUGAAUUUGGAGAAACAGCUGAAUGCACACUGCUUCAGGAAGUCCAUUCUAGGCCUGGAGGAGGCCUCCCAGACCUAGAACGGCCCACUGGAAGGGCAUGAUGCCAUUUCCAGAAGUCCAUUCUAGGCCUCGGAGGCCUAGAAGAGGCCUCCCAGCCCUGGAAUGGCCCACCGGAAGUGCAUGGAUGCUACUUCCAGAAGUCCAUUCUAGGCCUUAGCCCAGGCCUGCAUCCACACAGAGAACCAGUUGUUCAGGUAUUUGAAUCCCACCACUGAAGGAGUCUAAAAAUUGACUACCAGCUCAAUAAGCUGUCAGGAGAGGAAAAGAGAUUGUAUGGGAACCAUAACUACACUGCUCUUUCAAGGACAAAUGGUGCAUUAGUGUAAUCAAUAGCUAAAGCUGCACUUGGACUAGGUAUUUUUCUUCUACCUUGCUUUAGUUUUUAUUAUUACAUCACUGUUUUAAAUUCUUUUAGUAUACAGACUCAUUUGAUCUUAUAUAGUUGUCUGAAAUAAUCUACUAACAUAACACUACAGUAAGCUUAUGUUUGCCUAGUGAGCCAUUGGCAAGAUUUGAUUUAACCAAACUUGGUAUGCUGCAAUAUUUUUUUCUUUGAAGUUUACCUCAUGUGGUAGAUAUCCUCUGAUAAAGAAUAUUGCAGCUUACUUCUUAAAACCUUCACAGUUGGAAAGUGAACCUUCAAAAACAAACAAAUUUCAUUCAGUAUAAGGCAUUCAAGGUUGAAAGUCCUGGUAGAAAGGGAAGUUCAUGUUGUUAGAUGUCUGCUUACAUUGGCCAAGAGAUUGGUAACUAUUUUAUAAAGGUCCAGUUUGGAGUGCUAUAAUGUAUCCAAUUGCAAUAAUAAUAAUAUGAUAUAAAUGAUACAAAUACAAGAUCAAGAAUGGAUAGACCAAACCAUAUAUGCAAGAUCUACAGAAAGCUUUUGAAAGACGGAGGAUUCAGCAAGCCCACACUCAGUUUAUGGCUUGGGAGUAUUGCUACUACCAUUGUUGGUCAUCUUUCAAGCCCAAUAGUGUGUCUUGGGAACAAGCAGAGCAAGAAUGAAAACAGAUGGGCAAAACAACUUACAGUAUGUGAACCGGUUCAUCUAUUGCAGUAUUACAGUGAAAUGGAUUGAAGCAGCACACCCCAAAUUUCAGUGCUUUUUUUGUAAAAAAAAAAAAAAAAAAAGUGCCGGAACUCACACGUCAUACAACACACCUUGCCUACCCUACAAGGUUCCAUCCAAAAAAGGUGCCGGAACUCCGUUCUGGGCAUUCUAUGACAAAAAAAAGCCCUGGAUAAUUUUAUGAAUCACUUACGAAUACUGACAAACCUCUGCUUAGCUAAUGCAUCUCUUCAAACCACGUGUGCUGCAUUGGGCCAAAGGAUAUUACUAAUACAGUGCCUUGUGCACAGAUAACAGAUACAAAAGUUAGAAUAGGCAAAAUAAGCUGUUUAAAAAAAGAUGUAGGUCUCAUUCAAAUAUCAUGUUAAGCUAUAUGAUUUAAUUUUGACAGUGUACCAUGUGGUUUUUGUUAUUAUCGUUUAUUAUCCACAGCUAAUGGCUUUUGAUAUGCUCUGGUUCUGGAAAUUUGGCUUAACACAAUGUGUGAAAAAAAUGUUGAGAAAAGAUCUGUUAUCUGACUGGAAUAAAAUGAGGUACAAAAAGAUCCUCAAAGGGCUUCUGUAUGGUGCACUGAGGUUUGACAGCUAAGAUUAACCAAUGGAUGAGAAAUCUUGGAAAGAAAUGUGAUGGGCAGCAUAUAGACAUAUGAAAUUUUGGCCAUGUUGCUUGUAAAUGUGCUCAGAGUUUAGCCCAAAGUUUUGCUUAAUUGUACAGUAUAAUAGAUUGCCCUUAUUUGGGAAUAGUGAUGGACUGUUUUAAUUGUGCAAGAUCCAAUCUGGGUCAGUCACUGGGACCAGAGGUUUUGUCUUCAUUUUAAUUGCUGAAGUACUCUAUAUCAAUUUACUCACAUAUACUGCCCACAGUCAGCCAGAUUGGGGCAGCUGAUACAUGUUCUUAAAUAAAUACAGAUGAGCACCAGAAAUAUGUAUAAAACAGGAAAGGAAGGAGAAUGUCUCUGUGAUGUUCAUUUCAGUUCUUUAAAACAAAUGCUUAGAAAAUACAUUGAAGAUGAACACAAUGAUCCAAGAGAAAUAAAUACCUGCUACCUAACUUCUUCUUCACCUACCAUCAAGGUGUUGCUAAAAGGAGAAUGCAUGGAAUUCCCAAUCUGAAGUUUCAUAAGAUGUUCUUCUACUUAUAAAUUCAGAGCCAUCCAUAAGGAAGGUGCUGCAUUACAAGGACAUGAAUGUUUCUUCUUGAAAAACACAUCCAAGCCAUAUGCCUACUAGUUAAAAAUGCUGCUUGCUUAGUCACAGUUCUUUUCACAAGAAGGAAACAUGUAGGUGGGAGCUCAGACUUUUCUUUCACACAAAACAGGAACUGUUGGCUUGUUCGUUUAACUGAAUAAUCUCCCCAUGUUCAUUAUGGUAAAAAUGCUUUGGAGGAAUAUAACUUGUAUUCAUGUUUGGAGUUUAAUGUAUUUCUUCAUGCACCACUUUCAAAUAAUUCUGCAUGUGUUUGGAUGAAUGAUUUGCUGUUUUUUUAGUCCGUUUCUGGUGAUCAAGAAUAUUGUUUAAUCCACCCACAAUGUACACUUUGCACAAUUAUGUAGCCCUUCAAUCAGUAAUUGACCCACUUCUGAGGAAGAAGGUUGCAAAUGUCCUUAUUUAUGAGUUGUUAUUUGGAGGCACUUAUGCAUCAAAUGAAUUAAAUGUAUUCUUCUAAACAGCUGUAAUUUCUUUUUAAAAUGGAACCAAAAUACACUGCUAUUAUGUUCUCUGUUAAUGUAUUUCUGGUAUUUAUCACAAGUCUCUGGGCUGCUUCCCUCUUCAAAUUAAAGCUGAUUCUGUGAGAAAAAAAAUAUGGUUGGAGGCAAUUAAUAGGUCUUUAGAGAAAAACUGUUAAGCGCCUGCACCUGCAUCCUCUAUUCAUUGCUAUUAUAUAUCAGUGUCAUUUUGAGAAAGCAUAUUAACUUGUUACACUCUUAAUGGCUAAGGCCAUCAGUCUCUUUGAGAGCAAAGUUUAAAUUGCUGUUUAUGACCUCCAGCAGCAUUCAUAGCUUGACAACAGCGAAGGGCUGCUUUUUUCCUGUCAUAAUUUUAAUUUUUAUUAAAAUACAUGGCCAUGGACAAAAAAGUUGGAAAAGAGUACAGAAUAUAAAUCUGUGUAUUUGUGCCUAUGACUAAGCUACCUAGAUUACUGAUUUUCACUGUUGUGACUUAAAAUUUGGCCACGAUUUUGGAUGCUUCUUGAUCCUGGUUAUUUACAAAGUAGCACACAAUUGCCAACCCAGAUCAAUCUUGUCCAGGAUUAGGAGCAUCAGGAGUAUAAUUUUAAAUGUUACAUCAUACACGCUAACAAUGGUACAAAUAUUUCAAAUUCUCAUGGUAUUGUCUACAUAAAAAUCCAUGUCUCCAACACUUCUCUAAGGCCAUCAUAAGCAUUUCUUAUACUGUACAUUUUUACACAAAGAUAUGGAACAGCCAAAGUGGUCUCACACAUCCUAGUCUUAUUCCUGCUCAGUGUCAAACCAUUUAUUUAUUCUCAUGCAUGCUUUGUAUUGUAUUCUUCUUACCACAUUCAGUAAUCAACUCAUAGCUGUGCAAAGUAUUCUGUAAUUCAAACCUGUUCACUUUAUCAUAUUCUUUUUCAAAAUCAUAAAAUGUGCAAUAAAUUUUAUUUCUCAGUAACUUGCUAAUGAUCAAAAAUGUGAUCUGUAUAUAUUUUUCUGACAUAAAGUCACAUUAAAUAUC